AUGUGGGUUUUUCCUGAAGGAACUAGGAAAAAUACUGGAGAGAUUCAUGCUUUCAAGAAAGGUGCAUUUCAUGCUGCUAUAACUGCUCAAUUACCUAUUCUUCCUGUCGUCUUCACAAGAUUUUAUUUUCUCCAAUCAAAAGAAUGUGUUUUAGAACAGGGGAGGAUAAUAAUUACAGUGCUCCCUCCAAUGGAGACUUGUGGCUUGAGUUUAGAUGAUUUGCCACAACUAAUGACUACAACACAUACUACUAUGUCCCACGUGUUCACAACUACAUCAAAAGAACUCUUAGAACAGCUAAAGGAAGAUAGGAAUUCACCUCUACUCCAUCCUUCUAAAUCUUAUUUAGUUGAUAAUUAG